UUGUCUCUUGCGGCGAUGGCGGUGUUGCGGCCCUUCAACAAGCUCCCGAUGCUCAACUCCGGCGUCCUCCUGCUCGUGGGCUCGGACGAGGCGCUCCAGCGGAAGCUGGCGGAGGCGAUCCUCCAGGAGAAGAAGAACUUCAACAUCAGCAUUCAUCUUGCUACAUCCCUCCCCUUACCUUCAGAGAGGGAUCAUCUUCGACCCAGGAUAGAUCUGGUUGUGUUUAUGAUUGACAUCAAGAGCAAGUACAGCUUGAAGAAUGUCGAAACUUCCCUACCUUAUGUGGAUGCCAGCUUCUUCCUGGGGAAAGUGUGCUUUCUCGUCACUGGGGUUGGCAGGGUGAAUGCUUGCAGCAUUGAGAUGAAUGCCAUCUGUAAAUUAGGAGAAACCUACUGCAGUCCUGUGCUAUUCUGUGAGCUGGAGUUGGAAGAGAUUCGAGUUUCUACUGCCCAAAGACUUCUUCGAAUGUUACAGAUCUGUGCUGGUCACGUACCAGGAGUUUCUGCCUUGUCCUUUGCCUCGCUGAUGAGAAAUUCUAAUGGUGACUAGCUUCUCAUUGUGAUACUUCAGACACAUUUAUCAGGUUGUUUUCAUGUCAGGCAUUCAAGCUGCUGCAGUUGGCAUCACAUUGGGAAGCUUUUUUUGUGUGACUUGUCAUGACCACUCAUCCAGAACUGUUCCUAGUUGCUUACAUCUCAAGAAAAGUUUUGAUUCCCAUUCAGAGGAUAACAGAUAAGGAGGGCAGUUUGAAUUGGAUAUUCCUAUCCAUUAUUACAUCUGAAUCCCAUUUCAUGAUCAAGUUUGAGUUUUUUCCCCACUUGGCCAGUGGCCAGGAGCUACAUGUUUUCUGAGAGAAUAUUAGAAGAACAGACUACUGUCUCUAAAGUACCAGAGCAGAGGCAGCAGGCUCCUGCUUUCUUUCAGUUGAAAUGCAGUCUAAUAUGAAACCUUGCUGCCAGGUUUUGUCUGUCCACCGAGAGAAGAAUGGGGAAGGCUGGCCUGCAGCUUCCAGAUAGACUGCACUUGGUAGUUAAUGAUCCAACUGUGUGAGCAUCUGCCCAGCAAAGGACUCACUAUUUCCAAGCCUGGUACCUGAUUGGGAAGGAAGGGACUAAAGAAGAUAAUCAAUCUAGCACUUUAGCUUUCUCUUAUAUCCUUGAAGAAAAAGACUUCACCUGUCAAGCCCAAGACAGCCCCAGUAAUGCAGCCUGUGGGGCUGACCAGAGGUGAAACCCAGCAGGCCAGACCACAGCAGCACACAGAAAACAGGUUGUCUCGACUGUUUUGCAAUAUGCUGUGUAUAAUCCCUUUACUAACAGGUUCUGACCAGCAGUAAGUUGUUCCUUGUGCUUACUGCAAGUCACUAAGGUUUGAGAGUUCUAAUUUAAUAAAAUAAGUCAUGUAA